AUUGCAUAAUAUAGUAUAUAAAAUUUAAAGUUCAUGACUCAUCAAGAUACUGAAAGCCGUCAUAUGAUUAAAUAAGUUUAAGAUUUGUUCUUCUUUUUAAUUAGUAUAAGUUACGUAUAGCUCAAAAUAAAUCAGAAAAAAACUAAAAGUUAAGUAGAAAUUGGCCCGCAAAAAGAAAGUCUAAUUUAUAAAUUAUAACAAUUUAAAAAAGGAGCAUCACAUAAUCAGUAUGCAAAAUCAUAAAUUUAUUCUGAAUGAA